AAAAGGGGUGACAGUGGGGAUCCCCUCAACUACCGGCCGUUAGCACUCCUCAAUACAGAUUACAAGGUCUUCACGAGGAUACUUGCAACUCGGGUGAGUGCUUUACUGUCGAUGCAGAUCCACCCUAACCAGAACGGAUUUGUAGCACGAAGGACGAUUCACGGCAUUUUUGACCUCUUUGAGGCGGCCCAAAUUGCGGUGACACUUGACAACGACCAAGAUGAGGCGAUAGUUUUACUUCUCGACUUCCGGAAAGCGUACGACUCCCUUGAUAGGGCGUACGUGGGGACAGUACUACGACAUCACGAGUACGUAGACAGAUUUAUCAAAGCGGUGAUUGUUUGCACACGGACACUAGUGUACGCUUCCUAG